UCCAGUAAAAAUGAACUGUCAAUAUUUUGGGCUGAGCUGCUUUACCAGGACUGGAAAGGAACUGGGGCUGAAGGAAAAGGUCAGAUGCUAUUUGACAUCCUGAGUUUCACCAGUGUUUUUUUGUGUGUCAUUGCUUCUUUUUUCUAUUGACUAGCGGGUCUUAACUCAAGAUAGUAUCUACAGGCCAAAAAUACAUGUCAAUUACAGAACAGCGUAGCCUCUCCUCUCCAAAUAGUCAUGGUUUUAAGAAGGAAGUAUUCUUGCAGGAGCUGUAUCAUGCACAUGUGGCGGGGUCUGUCCCGGUAUGCUUCCAAAACACCUGUUCUGUUAGGGAAUGAAAUAGGUCAGGUGAUGGAGGUACAUGUUGGGGAGCACUUCAGGUCCAGUGAUCAGAAUGCCAUUAGUUUCAAUAUAAUUACAGAGAAGGAUAGGAUUGGACCCAGGGUUGAGAUUUUUGGUUGGAGAAAGGCUAACUUUGAGGCGAAGCGAAAGGAUUUAGGAGUGGAUUGGGACAAUUUGUUUUAUGGGAAGGAUGUAAUAGAGAAAUGGAUGUCAUUUAAGGGUGAAAUUUUGAGGGUACAGAAUCUUUAUGUUCCUGUUAGGUUGAAAGGAGAGGUUGAAAGUUUGAGAGAGCCAUGGUUUUCAAGGGAUAUUGGAAACUUGGUUAGGGAAAAGAGAGUUAUCUACAAUAAAUAUAGGCAGCAUGGAGUAAACGUGGUGCUCGAGGAAUAUAAAGAAUGUAAGAAGAAUCUUAAUAAAGAAAUUAAAAAAGCUAAAAGAAGAUACAAGGUUGCUUUGGCAAGUAAGGUGAAAAUAAAUCCAAAGGGUUUCUACAGUAAUAUUAAUAGCAAAAGAAUAGUGAGGGAUACAAUUGGUCUCUUAGAGAAUCAGAGUGGACAGCUAUGUGUGGAGUCGAAAGAGAUGGGGGAGAUUUUGAGCGAUUUCUUUUCUUCAGUAUUCACUAAGGAGAAGGAUAUUGAAUUGUGUAAGGUAAGGGAAACAAGUAGGGAAAUUAUGGAAACUAUGACGAUUAAAGAGGAGGAAGUACUGGUGCUUUUAAGGAAUAUAAAUGUGGAUAAAUCUCCAGGUCCUGACAGGAUAUUCCCUAGGACCUUGAGGGAGGUUAGUGUUGAAAUAGCAGGGGCUCUGACAGAAAUAUUUCAAAUGUUAUUAGAAAUGGGGAUGGUGCUGGAGGAUUGGCGUAUUGCUCAUGUGCUUCCAUUGUUCAAAAAGGGUUCUAAGAGUAAACCAUAGGCCUGUCAGUUUGUCGUCAGUGGUGGGUAAAUUAAUGGAAAGUAUUCUUACAGAUGGUAUAUAUAAUUAUCUGGAUAGACAGGGUCUGAUUAGGAACAGUCAACAUGGAUUUGUGCGUGGAAGGUCAUGUUUGACAAAUCUUAUUGAAUUUUUUGAAGAUGUCACGAGGAAAGUUGAGGGUGAAGCAGUGGAUAUUGUCUAUAUGGACUUCAGUAAGGCCUUUAACAAGGUUCCGCAUGGAAGGUUAGUUAGGAAGGUUCAAUCGUUAGGUAUUAAUAUUGAAGUAGUAAAAUGGAUUCAACAGUGGCUGGAUGGGAGAUGCCAGAGAGUAGUGGUGGAUAACUGUUUAUCAGGUUGGAGGCCGGUGACUAGUGGUGUGCCUCAGGGAUCUGUACUGGGUCCAAUGUUGUUUGUCAUAUGCAUUAAUGAUCUGGACGAUGGGGUGGUAAAUUGGAUUAGUAAGUGUGCAGAUGAUACUAAGAUAGGUGGCAUUGUGGAUAAUGAAGUAAGUUUUCAAAGUUUGCAGAAAGUUUUGGGCCAGUUAGAAGAGUGGGCUGAGCGAUGGCAGAUGGAGUUUAAUGCUGAUAAGUGUGAGGUGCUAUUUUAUGGUAGGAAUAAUCCAAAUAGGACAUACGUGGUAAAUGGUAGGGCAUUAAAGAAUGCAGUAGAAUAGAGAGAUCUAGGAAUAAUGGACCAUAGUUCCCUGAAGGUGGAAUCUCAUGUGGAUAAGGUGGUGAAGAAAGCUUUUGGUAUGCUGGCCUUUCUAAAUCAGAGCAUUGAGUAUAGGAGUUGGGAUGUAAUGUUAAAAUUGUGCAAGGCAUUGGUAAGGCUGAAUUUGGAGUAUUGUGUACAGUUCUGGUCGCUGAAUUAUAGGAAAGAUGUCAACAAAAUAGAGAGAGUACAGAGAAGAUUUACUAGAAUGUUACCUGGGUUUCAGCACCUAAGUUACAGGGAAAGAUGUCAACAAAAUAGAGAGAGUACAGAGAAGAUUUACUGGAAUGUUACCUGAGUUUCA